AUGGCCAUCUACUCCGCAGUCCCACCUCUCGAGCAACAAGGACAAGCUCCCCCCGUCGCACAGAGCACAAGUCCAAGUGUAGGCAAAACAGUCACAUUGACAAUCCCCCUUGACAAGCAUGAUGAAGUCAAAGAAGCGCGGCCGCGCAAAGAGCCCUUGCGCCGCGAUAGUCUGAAGGGUCGCGAGGCUCUGCUUAGGGGCAAGGAAGGCAGUAGACGGAGACAGCGAUGGGAGAAUGAUCGUCUCUUACACGUCCCAAACGCGCAACCUCCACUCCCCAGUGACUGGGAAGUAAGACCUACAUGGACCGUCCACCACGUUCCCUACUACCUUGCACCCCUCUGGGACCUCCGCGCCGAAGAACGCUCGCGCUCUGCCAAAAAUUCCAGCCCCACCUCUUCCACCCCUUCGGAAUUCGGCCGCGUGCCGCAGGAACUCAAAGCCAAGCUUAAGAAAUCCAAAGGCGCCAGAACGCUGCUCCAAGAGUUGGAGCUGGAGGUUCGGAAGUUCGUCAGGGAGUAUGAGUGCGGUAUGAAAGGCGAACGGUGGGAGGAGCAGACGGGAGAUACGGAGACGGAAACGGAGACGGAGGGCGAUUCGGAGGAUGAGGAGAUUGUCUUUGUAGGCCGUAAUGGGCGUAUGAGCGACGAGGCGCGCGCGCGCGUGGAGCGGGUGUUGGAGAGGGAGAAGAAGGUGUGGGAGGGUGAUGUUAAUGAUCGCGGUGCUGGCUUCGGUCGCUGGCUCGUUCAUUCCAUCGCCGAAUACUACGGCCUCUCGUCCCGCUCCAUCACCGUCGGCAACCCAGCGCGCAGGGAAGCCUAUGUAGCUAUCAAGCAGAUUGGCAUAAAGAGUGGUCAUUGUCGUAGUCGAGAACCUGCUAUGGCGUAUAACCAUGACCUCCCGAGACCGCUUUACGGAUUAGUCUAG